UGCCAGCUAGGAAAUAAUAUUUUUGAAUCGAUAUUAAAUAAAUAAUCGAUGUAUCAAGGUUUUCUUCUAAUUGAUUUUAUUUAGAAUCCUCUUGAAAUAUCAUAAAUUAUUAAUUUUUGUUUCAAUAAUAAUAAGCACAAUAUAAAAUAUGGUAUUGACAAAAACCACCAAUAAUUGAAAAAACGUCAUUCCUUUGAACUGAGCACAAGUGUAUUUCAAAUGGCGUCAUAGAUACUUUAAAGUAAUAGGCGUCCCCUGGUCCCCACUCCCCAGUGACGGACGGGUGACUGCUGCUGUCAAAAUGCAUCCACGAUACUUUGAAAAUAUUAUUAUCUUGAAAAAUCUACUGUGUGUUCAAAUCUAUUUGUAACGAGAUAGUAACAAUAUGGUUCCCCAACUACACCGACACUCCCGCAAGUUUCAGUAUUCUAAAAAAAUAGUCUAGUCGUAAAGUUUCUACUUAAAUGAAAAUAAAUAUUAUUUAACUUAUUAUAUCAGUACUUAAAACUAUUUUUAGUAAAGGAUCUGUGAUAAAACCUUUUUGGUGGACUUUAUAGAAGUGUGCAAUUUUUUUACAAAAAAAAAACGGACUGAUUAAGAUUUGGCCAAAGAGUACUUAUAAUGUAUUAUAGUAGGUAAUUAAAAUUAGUGAUGCAAGAUGGCUCUGCCCCCGCAACAGUUCUGCGUGCGCUGGAACUCCUACCACACCAACCUGCAGGUGAGUAGCUCGUACCUCCUCGUUACACCUUCCCAUUAGUGAUGCAAGAUGGCUCUGCCCCCGCAACAGUUCUGCGUGCGCUGGAACUCCUACCACACCAACCUGCAGGUGAGUAGCUCGUACCUCCUCGUUACACCUUCCCAUUAGUGAUGCAAGAUGGCUCUGCCCCCGCAACAGUUCUGCGUGCGCUGGAACUCCUACCACACCAACCUGCAGGUGAGUAGCUCGUACCUCCUCGUUACACCUUCCCAUUAGUGAUGCAAGAUGGCUCUGCCCCCGCAACAGUUCUGCGUGCGCUGGAACUCCUACCACACCAACCUGCAGGUGAGUAGCUCGUACCUCCUCGUUACACCUUCCCAUUAGUGAUGCAAGAUGGCUCUGCCCCCGCAACAGUUCUGCGUGCGCUGGAACUCCUACCACACCAACCUGCAGGUGAGUAGCUCGUACCUCCUCGUUACACCUUCCCAUUAGUGAUGCAAGAUGGCUCUGCCCCCGCAACAGUUCUGCGUGCGCUGGAACUCCUACCACACCAACCUGCAGGUGAGUAGCUCGUACCUCCUCGUUACACCUUCCCAUUAGUGAUGCAAGAUGGCUCUGCCCCCGCAACAGUUCUGCGUGCGCUGGAACUCCUACCACACCAACCUGCAGGUGAGUAGCUCGUACCUCCUCGUUACACCUUCCCAUUAGUGAUGCAAGAUGGCUCUGCCCCCGCAACAGUUCUGCGUGCGCUGGAACUCCUACCACACCAACCUGCAGGUGAGUAGCUCGUACCUCCUCGUUACACCUUCCCAUUAGUGAUGCAAGAUGGCUCUGCCCCCGCAACAGUUCUGCGUGCGCUGGAACUCCUACCACACCAACCUGCAGGUGAGUAGCUCGUACCUCCUCGUUACACCUUCCCAUUAGUGAUGCAAGAUGGCUCUGCCCCCGCAACAGUUCUGCGUGCGCUGGAACUCCUACCACACCAACCUGCAGGUGAGUAGCUCGUACCUCCUCGUUACACCUUCCCAUUAGUGAUGCAAGAUGGCUCUGCCCCCGCAACAGUUCUGCGUGCGCUGGAACUCCUACCACACCAACCUGCAGGUGAGUAGCUCGUACCUCCUCGUUACACCUUCCCAUUAGUGAUGCAAGAUGGCUCUGCCCCCGCAACAGUUCUGCGUGCGCUGGAACUCCUACCACACCAACCUGCAGGUGAGUAGCUCGUACCUCCUCGUUACACCUUCCCAUUAGUGAUGCAAGAUGGCUCUGCCCCCGCAACAGUUCUGCGUGCGCUGGAACUCCUACCACACCAACCUGCAGGCCGUGUUCCCGCGCCUGCUGCUGACGGAGCAGUUCGCGGACGUGACGCUGGCGUGCGAGUCGCGCCAGCUGCGCUGCCACAAGCUGGUGCUGUCGGCGUGCUCCGCCUACCUGGAGCGCCUGCUGCUGCAGAACCCCUGCAAGCACCCCAUCGUGCUCAUGCGCGACAUGCGGUUCAGUGAGAUGCAGGCGCUCGUGGACUUCAUGUACAAGGGCGAGGUCAACGUCACGCAGGAGGAGCUGCCGAGCCUGCUCAAGUCCGCGGAGGCGCUGCAGAUCAGAGGCCUGUGUUCGGGCGAGGGCGGCGGCGCGGGCGGCGCGGAGGGCGCGGACGCUUCGCGGGACUUCACCCUCGCCAGCGACGCGCUGCUACACGCGCACCGCAGCAACGCGCACCCGCAGCAGCCGCAGCAGCAGCCGGCGUCCAAGCCCCUCCACAGCACCAGCAACGGCCCCAAGAAGCGGAAGUCGGAGGAGAGGGAGAGGGAGAAGGCGGAGGUGAAGGAGGAGACGGUGGAGGAGGACGGGCUGUACUACGGCGAGCUGGACAACGACCACCUGGAGUACAACGAGGACGAUGAAACGGGCAAACCUGGCAGCAGCUUAGGACAGUCUUCCGGUCGCCGGCGCCCCUGCCUGCGCGUCAAGCCCGACAGCGAACUGUUCUUCCAGACCAAACUGCAGAACCUGGAGUACAUGAACAGGCUCUCCAAGAUGAACGCCGCCGAGAUACAGAACGAGUUCUCCAAGUACGGCUUAACCGACAUGGCGGAGGACAACCACAACAACUCGGAAAACGACUACUACAAGUCGUGGCUCGAACAGAACGGCGAGCUCGAGGUGUCGCUGCUGAAGGCGAACCAGCUCCACAAGCCCAAGCGCGACGCGCAGCGGCACGCGUCCGAGGUGGAGCUCAUCCCGCGCGGCCAGCACGCCGGCCGCGAGCAGCCGCUGGCCAAGGCGGCCGACAAGCUGAUCAGGAAGCGCGGCCGCCCGCCGAUAUUCAAGGACAAGAACGUGGACAUCGGCGAGACCGUGCUCAAGGCGGACCUGGACCAGUUCCUGGAGGGCAAGGAGAGCGGCGCAGACGCACAAGGUGCCGCGCAAGUCGCUGCGCAACUGGAUGAAGCGCUGCCACAUCAAGUCCUCGUUCCCCAUGCCGCAGCAGCUCAAGCAGUUCGUGGAGAACAGCAAGCGGCAGCGCGAGACGCACGACCCGCCCGACAAGGCGCAGCUCGCGCUCGCCGCGCAGCUCGACUUCGGCACCCACUUCCUCAGCCUCGGCGCCGACGCCGCCGACCCCGCCCACCCCGCCCCCAGCGACGACGACGCCAUCGACAUGUCGCUGCACGAAUGACUUCCCCUGACGCUCAUAGCUCCGCCGACGUCACGCUUCAGCGUCCUAGUAAACUGAAUCUUAAUGGCCGAGUUUAUCUACACAUCUACAGUCGGCGUUCCGAGCGGAAACCUAGCGUUUAAGUCGUUCGUUGGUAAGAUCGCUUUACUCUAACGUUACCGUUUUGACGCACGAACUCUAUCGACGUUUGGUGAGGUGCAAACUUGGCAACGUGUCGCACUUGUCACUGCCUCGACUUCGUUCAGGAGAAAUUCCUCAAAAUGUUUUCUCAAUAAGAUGAGCGGGUAACAUGUAGGAGACUGACUGACUUUGCUCAGACUUUACUUAGCUCCAGUGGCAUGACACAAAGUUACACACGCAGUUGAACUUUGACCACCAGUAAAAGGCAAAGUGAAUGGGUUGAUGAUUAAAGUCACAGUUAAAAUUUUGGCCCAAAGCUAACAAUCGUACAAAGAGUGAACUUUAACCGCGCGUCACGCAACUGCAUCUUGGAGACACGAAUCGAUCUCAUUUGAAGUGGGACCAAAGUCGACGGACAGCCCGAGUUGUAAUGUGCACAAGUUUGUCUACCCAACAGUCUAUGUACAUCAGUCAGUUAGUCAGUUACAUAUUGUAUACAGAGUUACAUUGGUUGACUGCCGCGGGUCAUUUUAAAACCGAGUUGUAUCACAUUUCACGAUGUUUUCUUGGAAAUUGUCAAAAUACGAAAAAUAUGAUGUUUUGUUAAUAUGUAUUUACAUAAUAUUAUAUUGUAUACUGUAGUAUUAUCUUUACUGCCAAAGACAAAGCAAAGAUUUCUAUAAAGAGAAUACUUCUUAUAAAAAAUAUUUUCGUUUACAGCACGCAAUAUUAUUCCCAAAGAUUUUGUUUUUUUUUUUAAUAUUUUAUUCUAAGUGUUUAAUAUAUCGUCGUUCGACUAAAUAUUCAUCGAAUAAGAUUUACGAAAAAUCAAUAUUCCGUUGAAUUGAUCAAGUGUUGCAAAGUAAAAAAAUCUACUGCUUUGGUAGAACUGAGGCACACUUGGUACAUAUUUUGUUUCGUUUUCGUAUUUAUUUGUUAUUUGAAUACAAAAUGUAGUUUAUUAGUUAAUUAUUGUAGUAGAAACGUGAAAUUGGCCUUUAUGAAAUUCGUGUGCUUGUAUGGACUUCGUCCGAAGAUAAAUAAAAGACUUAAAAAAUGAAAUUUUAGCGUAAUUUUUGUGUAAGUUACGGAUUGGUAUCGUGGCAGCGGUCGCUUCACACGUCGGCUUCGUUUCGGCCCGUUAUCGAUCGUCGCGACUCGAAAAGUUUAGGAUCGAUUUCACCAACGUAAAAUAAGUCUUAUCCGAGAAUAAAUUUGUUAUUUUGGCAGAUUUUCAGUA